AUGAGAAUGGCCCAACGAACAGCUGUAUCCGCCCAGAAUGGCAGCUUCCGCUCCCUGCAAGUGCUGUUUGACCCCGUGCCGCUCUUCUCCAUCGCCGCCGCCCUGCGCGCCACGCUCCUCCUCUACGGCGCCUGGCAAGACGCCCACUCGGCCGUCAAGUACACCGACAUUGACUACCUCGUCUUCACCGACGCCGCGCGCUUCGUCGCCGCCGGCGGGAGCCCCUACGCGCGCGAUACCUACCGCUACACGCCCCUGCUCGCAUGGCUUCUGCUUCCGACCGCCCACCGCCGCCUCUUCGACUUCGGCAAGGUGGCCUUUGCCGUCGCCGACCUCGUCGCGGGCUGGCUGGCCCUUCGGCUGCUGCGGCGGCGGCAGGGCGGCGGCAUGUCGGCGCGCCGCGCGGGCGCGUUCGCGGCCAUUUGGCUCUGGAACCCCAUGGUCGCCACCAUAAGCACCCGCGGAAGCUCCGAGGGCCUGCUCGGCGUGCUGACCAUGGCGCUGCUGUGGGCGGUGGAGCGCCGGCGGGUGUCGCUCGCGGGGAUGCUGCUCGGUCUGGGUGUGCAUUUCAAGAUUUACCCAUUCAUCUACGCGCCGGCGAUUGUAUGGUGGAUGGACGAGGACAGGAUGAGCGGCGGCGCUGUAGGCAAGACGACCAAGAAGAACCCGGCGCUGGUGGAUGUGGCAAUCAACUUUGUCACGGCGGCGCGGGUCAAGCUGGCUGUCAUCAGCCUGGCGACAUUCAUGCUACUCAACCUACUCAUGUACUCUAUCUAUGGGACGCCGUUCUUGGUGCACACAUACUUCCACCACGUUACGCGCAUAGACCAUAGACACAACUUCUCGCCCUACAACGUGCUGCUGUACACUAACUCUGCGACGCCCACUGAUACGGCCUCGGCCUCGUCGCUGCGCACCGAGUCAUUGGCGUUUCUGCCCCAGCUCCUGCUGUCGUGCGUGCUAAUCCCGUUCGCACUGGCCAAGAAGGAUCUCGCCACAUCUAUGAUGGCACAGACGUUUGCUUUUGUCACGUUCAACAAAGUCUGCACGUCCCAGUACUUCCUCUGGUACAUGAUUUUUCUGCCGCUCUAUCUCCCGGGCUCGUCGAUGCUGCGCAACCCGAAGCUGGGCAUCUCUGCGCUGGUACUGUGGGUUGUUGCGCAGGCGGCGUGGCUGCACCAGGGCUACGAGCUCGAGUUCUUAGGGAUGAGUACCUUUGUACCCGGGCUGUGGCUGGCUUCGCUGGUCUUUUUCCUGGUCAACUGCUGGAUAUUGGGCAUCAUUAUCAGCGAUGGAGCACGAGGGCCGUCCGGGAAAAUUCAUGUAGAGUAA